AUGACCGCCGAGGAGAUGAAGGCGGCCGAGAGCGGGGCGCAGCCCGCGCCGCUGCGGAUCGAAGGCGUGGACAUCAGCCCCAAGCGGGACGAAGGCGUGCUGAAGGUCAUCAAGCGAGAGGGCGUGGGCACAGAGGUGCCCAUGAUUGGAGACCGAGUCUUUGUUCACUAUACUGGCUGGCUACUGGACGGUACCAAGUUUGACUCCAGUCUGGACCGCAAGGACAAGUUCUCCUUUGACCUGGGAAAAGGGGAGGUCAUUAAGGCUUGGGACGUUGCUGUAGCAACCAUGAAGGUGGGAGAAGUAUGCCGCAUCACCUGCAAACCAGACUAUGCCUACGGUUUGGCAGGCAGCCCUCCGAAGAUCCCUUCCAACGCCACACUUGUGUUUGAGAUAGAGUUAUUUGAGUUCAAGGGAGAGGACCUGACAGAAGAGGAAGAUGGCGGAAUCAUCCGGAGGAUACGGACUCGGGGCGAAGGCUAUUCCAAGCCCAACGAUGGUGCUAUUGUGGAGGUCUCACUGGAGGGGUACUACAAGGACCAGAUUUUUGAUCAGCGGGAGCUCAGCUUUGAGAUCGGCGAGGGUGAGAGUCUGGAUCUGCCUUGUGGCCUGGAGAAAGCUAUUCAGCACAUGGAAAAAGGAGAACAUUCCAUUGUGCACCUCAAACCCAGCUAUGCUUUUGGCAAUGUGGGGAAGGAAAAGUUCCAAAUCCCACCAAAUGCUGACCUGAAAUAUGAAAUCCAGCUCAAGAGUUUUGAGAAGGCCAAGGAGUCUUGGGAGAUGAAUUCAGAUGAGAAGCUGGAACAGAGCGCCAUAGUGAAAGAGCGGGGCACAGUGUACUUCAAGGAAGGCAAGUACAAGCAAGCUUUGCUUCAAUACAAGAAGAUUGUGUCCUGGCUGGAAUACGAGUCGAGUUUCUCUGAUGAAGAAGCACAGAAGGCACGGGCCCUUCGGCUGGCCUCCCAUCUCAACCUGGCCAUGUGUUAUCUGAAACUACAGGCCUUCACAGCUGCCAUUGAAAACUGUAACAAGGCCUUGGAGCUGGAGAGCAACAAUGAGAAGGGCCUUUUCCGCCGGGGAGAGGCUCACCUGGCAGUGAAUGACUUUGAGUUGGCACGGGCUGACUUCCAGAAGGUCCUGCAGCUCUACCCCAGCAACAAAGCCGCCAAGGCCCAGUUGGCCAUCUGCCAUCAGCGGAUCCGCAAGCAGCUUGCACGGGAGAAGAAGCUCUAUGCCAAUAUGUUCGAGAGGCUGGCUGAGGAAGAGAACAAGGCCAAGGCAGCAAUAGCUGCAGGAGACCGUCAUGCUGAUGCAGAGAUGAAGGAUGAGCAGAAGGAUGUGGCAGGGAGCCAGCCUCAGGUGGAGACGGAAGCAUAG